CGCAAUUCGGACUUUUCCAUUUUCACAUUGUAUUCUCCUUAUACAAUGCUCGAGCACUAUUCUCUCUAUUGGAUUCAUUUCCCAAUUCUGCCAUGUCAACAUGGAACCUGCAGACCGUUUACAGUGGAAGAAGGUCAAGUUAUGGCUUCCUAUAACCGCAGCAUUUGCUGCCACUCUUCUGACCAGCCUGCAAGCUCUUCAGUUCGUUACAUCGUCGACCCUGACUGUCCUCCGCCACUCCUCGAUCAUACUCACUGCGUUCAUUGAAUAUCAUAUCAUGCAUACUCAAUUUGAUCUUGCAGCAGUAUUAUGUCUUCUUGGAAUCUGUCUAGGGGCCCUGGUGUAUGGUUUGGCUGAUUUGAGCUUCUCCAUUUCAGGAUAUGUAUGGUUAACUAUGAACGUGAUUGCUAUAUCUUGGUAUCAGGUAAUGAUGAAGAACAUUGCCUCACAAAAAUUGUUGAAUACCCUGGGAAUGACACUGUAUAACAAUGUGUUGUCUGUCCCACUGUUCAUGUUGCAGACAAUCAUAAACAAAGAAGACUUGAGAGACGCUUCAUUGUCAUCAUCCGCUCUCGGAAUUUUAGUGGCAUCAGCUGUGUGUGGAACAAUUCUCAGCAUCACUGCAGUAGCGAUGAACCAGUAUAUGACAGCAACUUCGCUAAUGGUUCUAAAUCAUGUUAACAAGUUUUGUUUAAUUCUUCUCGAGCAUUUCUUGAUUGAACCCACGUUAACAUGGAUCUCCUUCGCUGGAACAUUACAAGUAAGGUUAUUAUGUUUGGAUUUCUAUAUGGAGAAUCUCGUAUGUCUUCGAGAAUUCUUCCAGUCAUGUACGCUGAACUGACAACAUACCUGUUGUUUGGAAGUACACUUUCAUUCCUUGCUUACAAUGUCAUCAAGGUGUAAUACCAGUAAGAGGCCGUCUCGGCAUUUGAUUGCUCAAUGUGCUUUCUUAUUUGAAAAUAAAUUC